GACAGGGCAGGGUGAUACAAGAGAGCUGGACGUGCAGAAGGAAGGGGACCAGGGAAAGCUCUUUGCACUGGCACGCAGCGGACGCAGUAAAACAAUCGAGAAAAGCUCAGCAUCAGAGCCCGGUAAAAGUAGAGGAGAGGAGCAGCAGAAACACGGAGCGCCUGUUCAUCUCCACGCUUCAGCUCCGCAGGGAGGAGACACGCAGAGGAGGAAAGAUUCCCCUAAACAUAGUGAGAGCGUCGGAUGAGGAGAAGAGGAGAGCGGAGGGCAUCGGAUAGGCUCAAAAAGGAUGGCAGCUCCAGACUUAUUGGACCCUAAAUCCGCCACUCACAACACCAAGCCCCGCCUCUCCUUCUCCACAAAGCCAAUCACAAUGACUCCCCGUGAGGAGAGCGAGGUGGUUACCACGGUGAUGAAAUGGAAGACAGUUACAGCCAUCUUUUUUUUGGUGGUUCUGUACCUGGUGAUGGGAGCAGCUGUCUUCAGGUCCCUGGAGCAGCCUCAUGAGAGUGCCCAGCGUUUGGCCAUCCUGACCCAGAAGUUGGAGUUCCUGUCCAAUCAUCCCUGUGUCAACCACAGUCAGCUGGAGGAGCUGGUGAAGCAAGUUGUGUCUGCGAUCCGUUCAGGAGUUAAUCCUGCAGGAACACUAACCAAUCACAGCAGCCUGUGGGACCUGGGCUCUGCCUUCUUUUUUGCUGGGACUGUGAUCACAACCAUUGGUUUUGGAAAUAUUUCUCCCCACACAGAAGGUGGACGGAUCUUUUGCAUCAUCUAUGCGUUGUUAGGGAUUCCUCUUUUUGGCUUCCUAUUGGCUGGUGUAGGAGACCAGCUUGGCACCAUAUUCGGCAAAGGCAUCACUAGAGUGGAGAAGAUGUUUGUGCACUGGGACAUCAGUCAGACAAAGAUCCGUGUGAUCUCCACCCUGCUGUUUGUGCUGUUUGGCUGCCUGCUGUUCGUAACGCUCCCGGCAGCCAUCUUUAAACACAUCGAGGGCUGGUCUGCGCUGGAGUCCCUUUACUUUGUGGUCAUCACCCUGACAACUAUAGGAUUUGGUGACUUUGUGGCAGGUGGUUCAGAAAUAGAGUACUUGGAUUACUACAAACCAGUUGUAUGGUUCUGGAUUCUGGUGGGACUAGCUUACUUUGCUGCCAUCCUCAGCAUGAUUGGAGACUGGUUCAGAGUCAUCUCCAAGAGGACGAAAGAAGAGGUCGGAGAGAUCCGAGCACAUGCUGCCGAGUGGACGGCUAACGUCUCAGCAGAGUUCAAAGAAACCCGGCGUCGUGUAAGCGUUGAGAUUUAUGACAAAUUCCAGCGUGCUGCUUCAAUUAAACGCAAACUGUCCUCAGAGCUGGGAUUCAGCCCCACUCCUGAGUUCACUCUGCCAAAGAGAACUGCGUCGGUCAAUUUCAACGAUGAACGGGACAAAAACGAGAAGGAGGCCGGGCAGCAGGGCUUUACAACACCUCUAGCUAGAAAUGGAGGUGCUUUCAUGAAUGGUUUGGACCCAGAGAGGGGAGAAUUCAUUGAACAUGUCAAGUAGAAAGUGGACAAUCAACAAGCUUUCAAGGUCUAUCCAAGGUCUCCUAUCUAGUUGAUGGCAUCACAGCUGAGAGAACUCACCAAAUGAAGUAUUUUUGAAUCCCAGACUAAAUUUUAAAAAAUCCAGGAGGGACGUCUUCACAACUCCACAUGAAUGGAAGAACUUUACAGUGGAUUUAAAAAAAAUGUAUUUUUUCAUCCCGCUUUCAUCGCAUCAUCAAAACAAAGAAAAAGAAGAAGAACACACCGUAGAGAUUAAUCUUGUUAAAAACUUGAGAAUGCGGAGGUGUCCAUCAACCAAAUCUCUCUUGAAUGGAAAAAAAGCAAAGCUGGUAAUUUUGUCUCAACAGUUUACUCAUGUAGAAAAUAUUUCAUUUCUUAUGUACUGUAAGCAUAAAUGCACACUUUGGUGACCCUGUAUCUUAAGGUCAGAUACAUGUCAUGGCCUCUAUGUCUGCAGCAUUUCAUUAUUUUAAACUAUAAAGAAUUUAGUUUAUAAUUUUACUGCACAGCUUUACAACUUCUGGAUUAUUAAACAUUUUCUUUCUUUAUUGGACAGUUGAUAGUAUGGAGCUAGACAGGAGGUCCAUGUGACAUGAACAGUGCAGUUACUGUAGGCUAGAUGGCAGAAUAGAUACAGUAUACAGUAUACAACUACAUAUGUGGUUAAGUCAAGUGUCUUUAUUUGCCAUAUUUUUUUAAAAGGUUGCUAUUGACAAUCUUAGUAAGGUGUUUACUCAACAACAAAGAAUGCUAGUAAAACAUGUCGGACAGUGAUGAGAUCAGAACUGUAAAGACACAGAAAAUGACGUCUGAACUACAAAGAUGGCUGACUGUGAUGGGGAGAAGUUGAUUUUGUGCCAAAAACCUGAGGAAUGUAAAGAUGUUAAGAUUGUGAGAGAGUAUGAAAACUGAACUACAGAUGAGAAGGAGCAGUUUGUUGUAUUGAACUACAAAAUGUCAGGACUAUGAUGUUGAUCAAGCUGCAAUAGCUGUUCAUCUCCUUUGAUGAUUUAAAGGUGCUCAUUUCGUAGAAGAGUUAAGUGUAAAAUUGGUUGCAGGGUAGGAACCUGUUUUUAUUAUCCGUUGUUGUCAAACAGUCCGUUUUUUAAGAAUUCUAAUCAUUGCCUAGAGUCAUACUGAAAAGCAGCACUGUUACACAAAUAUGCUUGUGUUUAUUUUGGGCCUUUUUUUUUUACACCUUUUGUUAUGUAAAGGUAUAGUAGACGGAGUCAAAAGUGGUCUUAGAGUGUCUCUGAUUUAGUUUUGAAUGACAUCAUCAGAGCACUGACUGUCUGUAUGAGGACGUUCGUCAAACCAUUGCUGUGCCUUAAACUCUUAACUUUGCCAAACCCAGGGCAGGCGUAAUACUCUGUGGGGUGGACAACUGAUUCAAAAACUGACAUGUGUGCUUUACUCUGUGACCAUUUUGUUCGCUUCACCUGAUGAAAUAAGGUGUUUUUAUUUUUCUCUAAAUGCAGUCCUAAACAGUUGUUCACACACAUGAUGUCCUGCUGGCCUGGAUCCAAAGUUUGUGUUUACUCUGUAAUGAUAUAAUGAUGUAAUGUGGGUAAAGUGAGUAGACUGUUAAAGGCUUGACUGUUUUAUUAAGUGUUCUGGGUAACUGUAGCAGAACGACGCAGGAAUGAACCACAGAAAUAUUCAUUUAAAUGAAGAUUGAACUCAUAUUUUCUUAUACUCCGUGCCACACUAUCAUGUUGGCCUAUGGUCCAGUUUGUCAUUCCAAGUUUACUCUGACUGACGCAAAGCUGCUUUCACUCUACAUAGCUGAGUCAUGCUACCAAACAUGUAAAAACAUUUCUUGUUAUCAACUCUUAAAUGACUGUUUAAGAAGAAAACUCAAAAAUCUCUUAACUUGUGUUGUUUACAAUAUUGAUUUGAGUUUGUAUUCCGACAGGAGUAUUGACAUACAGUAUUUGCACAUUGACAGGACAAGAACGUUUCAUUGUGACAGAACUCAAUACAUUCAGUUUAAAUGCCCAGCUUUCAUGCACACACACUCAAUGGGUGUUGUUUUUAAGUGUGUGCGCCUGCCAUUGAAAAUGCACUUUGAUUUAACAGCCUUUGAACAUACCAACAUGCUACAGCUUCCACAGCUAACCAGUCCAUCCAAUCAGAAGGCUUCUAAUGUUGCUGUUAUGUGGCAUUAAUAACAACUACACAAUUAAACACACAAACUUUUCUCUGUAAGAAUUCAUGCAUGGGAAUUUAAGACUCAGAUUAUUACCCACAUGCCCAAAGAGAAUAAAAAAGAUUUGAUAUGAUCUGACAGCUGGUGAAGGUUGACAAAUGUUGAAGAUUUACUCUGAGGGUUUGGUAUGAACCUGAUGAAUGUAAAGACAAAGAACUACGUCUGUUCAGUUUGAAGAUAAAUAUGGUACCAACAAACAAGUAGUAUGCUGAAAAGCCGACCAAAAGUCUGAAAACGGACAAUAGGAAUAAGGAUGACAGUUAUCGAAUCACUUUCAUUCUUCAUCAAAUUGAAAUGUAAAAGAAAAUGUUUUGAUUUAUUUCAUUGCUCCAACAAGUCCUCAAGAAUCCUAGGUGACAUGCUGAGUAGACUGAUAGAACGAUGUGGUACAGAUGAUUUGAUGUUUACUUUAACAGACUGUAUGUUUCAGUACUAACACUGAAUGGAAACAGUAGUGAUGUUACACUGUCUAGUGGCUGGUUAGUCUGCCCUUGCCUUCUCUAUUUGCUAUUCAGUUUGUUUGCUAUCAUGUUAUGACAUUGUUACCGCAUCAAAAUGAACAAACUAACCUUUCACUGUCUUCUAAUCUGUUCGGUACGUUACUACUUUUUAUGAAGAGGAUGAUGAGAGUGUAUUUUUCUAAACUGUAUGUUUGUACUCGUAGACUGUUUCUACACUGAUGUGAGAGUGGGAGAACACAUUGUAAUAACUAUGUCUGUAGGGCGUAUCUAAACCAAACUUAACAAAGAUUUCUGUACACUAUAUGACUUGAAAAUAA